GGGGGGAGGCCCCUUGACCGGUUCGGGCAAUGGUCACCGGUGGUGUUGGCCUGGGUUCGUGGCGCUGACCGCUACACCCACCGCUCCUCCCCCCACCGGCAGCUGACCAAUCAGAGCAUCGUCUACUCGAACCCCUUCUACCACGUGCCCGUGGGCGGGCUGGAGGGCGACGAGGCGUUCAACUUCUCGGUGGAGUGCGACUACCCAAGGCGAGGCUCCGUGAGCUUCGAGAAGGAUCUGCUGCCCCAGCAGGAGGACUUCUCUGACCUCCUAGAGGCCGUGGGCUCCUUCAACUUCUCCCUCACCAUCAUGGACGAGGAGUGGCAGCAGCCACGAAGCUCCGCCACCUUCCUGCUGGGCGGAGCGGUGAACUUGGAGGCGCGCGUCCAGUCCGUCGGGGGGGGGCACCUCCCCCUGCGCCUCUUCAUCGACUCGUGCAUCGCCACGCCUGGCGGGGGGCCCCAGGGUGGGGGGCAGGAGGGGGGCCAAGGGGGGGGAGGCGGUGACCUGGAGUACGCACUGGUGGAACAGCACGG